CGGCACCUUCACAGUAAAGUAGAAGAGACAGCCUCUCUACGCCACCUCCGGCUCGCAAGCUCGCCUACGGUGGCUCCGUUCAGCUGAAUUACUGCGGUGGCGUUUCGGCCUCUCACCGUCGACGAGUUUCAGUACGCCUUUGAACAUGGCCCACAGCCACCCAGAACCCAAGCCCAGCCAAUACGGAAACGCAUCGAGGCCAUCUGUAACGGACUACUUGAUCUCCCUGACGGCAGGAUUUAGGACUGAAUUUCAAUCAGGUCCACCCGAAGUUAAGUACUCGAUGUUCAACGCCAAGAGCAACAGCAAAGUGUCAAGGGAAGAAAUCGAAAUCGACGUCGGAUGGCCCGGCUCCGGCCAAGAUCCCCCAACCUCUGGAGCUUGGCAUGAUGACACAGGAUUCGAUCCGGGGCUGAAGCAAAAGAUUGAAACAAUCUGCGGACCGCCUCUGCACUUUGCCGCCCACCACUCUCUCCCGAACCUCAGCCCUUCCGGAAACUCUAGGGUCUCGGAGAUGCCCGGCAAGAUUAACAAGGGCAUGCAAAGCAAGCUGAAUGCUCAACAAAACCGAGACCGCAACGUUUCAGUGGUCGGUGCUGGAGGCUAA